GACUCAGCAGCAGCAAUGUUCUCCUCUUCUCCUCUCCCACAGUUACAUUGCAAGCUCUUUGCAAAAUGGGGGACGACCUGACCUUUUGUGUGUACUGCCCCUGGCUGUGGACAGGUAAAGUUUACAAAUGAGGACCACUUGGCUGUACACAAACAGCAUGAGAUGACGCUGAAAUUUGGACCAGCUAGGACCGACUCUGUCAUAAUUGCAGACCAGACACCUACUCCCACCCGCUUCCUAAAGAACUGCGAGGAGGUUGGUCUGUUCAAUGAGCUCGCCAAUUCCUUUGAACAAGAUGAAGAUGACAAGAAGGCCCAAAAACUCAGUAAGGGUCUCCCAACUUCAAACUCUGUGGCUUUGGAUAUGACUUUACAGACGUCGUCAGAUGUGAAAGUGAAAGAGGAGUCUCCUGUGGAGGUGGACUCCUCGCCACCGGACAGCCCAGAAUCUAUCUCCUCGAGGUCGGACAGCACCAGAGAGUCUCUGGUUAAAGGAAAGGACACACCACCCAGGAGUUCAGCCCCCACCCCGACCAUAGUGCGUCCAGGUUCACUCCCACUACACUUGGGCUUUGAUGCCCUUCAGCCCACCAUGCCAUCGCCCACCUCUGUCAUCACACAGGCACCGCCUUCCAAUCGCACUCUGGGCUCUCCAACCAGCCACUACCCCAUGAUGAUGCUUCCCACCGGUCAAGCAGUGCCUGUGCUCCCUGGUCCCGUACAGAUGCCCUCUGUCAUUAAUCUGGCCCGACCUGUGUGCAUGGUACCCAACAUUCCUGGGAUCCCUGGUCCUCCUCUGGGAGGCAGCAGCAGCGGCUCAAACUCCCCCUCUGGUUACAUCCACUCAGAAGCCAAGAUGCGUCUGAAGGCUGCGUUGUCCCAGCAGAGCCCGUCAGGACACAGUAUGGGGAUUAUGGCCAUGGGCAGCAGCCCCAUGGUGCCUCAGAAGGCAGAGCAGAGCCAGCUGCUAGUCCAACACCCAGAUGCUCCUUCACCUGCACAACCUCAGGUAUCUCCAGCGCAGCCUACAGGUGGGCGUCGGCGGCGGACAGCGGACGAUGACCCAGAUGAGAGAAGGCAGCGCUUCCUCGAGAGGAAUCGAGCUGCGGCAUCGCGCUGUAGACAGAAACGCAAACUGUGGGUCAGUUCUCUAGAGAAGAAAGCUGAGGAGCUCAGCAACUUGAACGUCUCGCUGUCGAAUGAAGUGUCUCUCUUGCGGAAUGAAGUGGCACAUUUGAAGCAGCUUCUGUUGGCCCACAAGGACUGUCCUGUGACCACCUUACAGAAAAAGACUGCCUACUUAGCUGCAGAAGAGAGCAUGAAAGACAGCUCAGAGCCUACAGGUUCUCCUGCCCCGGUGAUCCAGCACAGCUCUCUUGCGCCGAGUCCUUCCUCAGGCCAAAAUGGCCUCAACACCAGAGCAGCAGCUGAGGCCAUGGCCAUGUCAGUGCUCGCAGGAAUGGGUCAGCAGCAGCGAGCUGAGAGUGGACCCUCUCACAUUAUCAUGGCUGCACAGUCUCAAUCUGCUGCCAGAUGAUGAGCGAUGCCACCUCGGCCCAGACUUGGCUCACACCUGUCACCCAAGGGUAAAAAAGAGCAGUGGACCCGACCCUCCCAUACACCUUCUGGAUGCCCUUAUCGACAACUCCAGCCCCCCUCCCCCCGUUCCUCUGCUCUCUUUGACCCUCCUGUGGAGCCAUCAUGCUGUGGCCUGGAGCUCAGCAGCAGCAGCAGCAGCCUUCUGAGAACGGACUGAGACUUUUGAGAGAGCUUCCUGUUCACUUUGCCAUAGACUACAGGGGCUGGACUCCAACCUUCCCCCACUUGACUCCCUCGUGCCUCCCUACGCGUCUACCCUCACCCUCAGUCAAAACAGCCCUCCAUUGGACUGUAGGACUACAUUGCUCUGAGUGUACUGCCAUAAUAAACUUCCUGUGUGGACAACUACUACAUGUGUGCACAGAUUCAAACACAGAUCAAAUCGGACACCAAACACACACAGGGCUUUUCAUUGUGCCUUGCGCUCCUUGACUAUUUAGCCACACCCACACACCUUCAUCACAGUGUACAUCCUAACACACUCUGCUCUGGUGUCUAGACUUCAGUGACUCAAAAUCUCUAAAAAAAAAAAAAAAAAUUAAAUAUAAAAAUCUCAACAUGGAUCCAAAACCUUACCUCACAUACACCCCUUUAUGAAAAACUUUAUAAACUGUGUGUGAUUGGCUCUGUGAGUAUAUAUUUAUGUAAAUCAGAACAUAGCAGUUUGCUUAUUCCUGGCCUAAAACGUUAAUAGCUAGAUUUUUAGCAUGUGACUUUUUCUGAUAAGGUGUUAUCUUCUUGAUACAAUAUGUGCAGCUAUAUUUUUUUUAGUGAAUUGGCACAUCCUCCAAUAGAACCACAAUAUGGUUGCCCAAGACAGCGUAAUAUCUUUAUUAUCAAUUAGAAAUAAUUGUUUUCUAACCUGAAGGGAUUUCUGUCUCUUGUCUCCUAUUCUGAUUUUCUAUAAAACAGGCAGUUUUGGUGAAGAUGCCAUUUCCUUUAUAUAUACAACUAUUUGAGUGACUGUGUUUCUCUGUGUGGGCCCUGGACUUACUGUAACUGUUAUUUUCACACUUCAAAGGAUGGUUGCACAUCCUUGCUGCUCAUUGAAAUGCGUUUAAACCCCUAAAUCUCUUUGCUCUUUACCAAACCUAUCUAAGCCAUAUAAACGCAGAUCAGAUCUCUGAAUCUCCAAAGACCGCCUGGUGCCUGUUCUGAGGCAGGAUGUAAAUAACCUGACUGUUAAUUCUGUGGUUCAGAGGUCGCAGUGAGACAAUCUAUAAUAUAUCACUGUUUUAGGUACAUGCACUUAACACAUGGGCUCGAUUACAAAGUCUGAUCAUUGUUUUGCCUUAAAAAAUCACAUUGGUGCCUGAAAGAUGCCCAUUCUAAUUGAGGUCUUCGCUGUUCAUUUCAUCAAUUCCCAAACAAUCAGCCAAAACAGGAUUGAUUAGCAGUCAAAAAUUCCUUUUAAAUAUUUACAAUAAUGGUUAAUUUAUGUCCGAGCUUCUUUUCAGGGACAUAAAAACAUAUAACACUUGUCUGUCAUCUGGUGGAGAAAAAUGGAAUAGACACCUCAAAGGACUUUGAAGAAAGGAAAUUACUAAUUGUGACUGAUUCUAAAUCUUCAAGUCUUUUUGGAUCCCACCAAGAUAUUUUACGAAGAUAUCAAUCUAUUUUUUACAUAAACAAGCAGUUUGCUUUGUGUGUUUCCUCUGUACGUCUGUCCCUCUGUUGUCUCAUUGAUCAUGUAUUUGAAAGAUGUGAUAUUACAAAAAAACGGCAAGAUAUCUGUCCACAAACAUAAGGGCAUGUCAUUAUGCACUAAAGUAAUGCAAGUUUAUUGUUGCUUGUUCAGUUUAAUUUUUGCAGAUUUCUUGUCCUCUUGGUCUGUUUCACACUGAGAUGCUAUAUGACCUUUUCUUUUUAUCUGUACUGUAUACAUACAUGGGAAUUUGUUCUGCGACUUUUUCAUAUUUUUCACUUUUGACUGAACCUCUUGUCCUACCAUGGCGAUCCCAGCGUUUUUUUGUUGUACUUGGAAGCUGGCGCUAUAUUAGUCCAGCUGUCCCAUAUAGACGAUUGUCAUAUGAAAUGAAAAUUCAAACCAUAUUUAGCGUUCAUGUUUUCAUGUACAUGUGAUCGGCACCUUUUUUAUCUCAUUUCUUGUUUUCUUUUUGUUGCGUGCUACUUCCAGCACUCUACAACUCAUGUCAUAAUGCUUCUGAUUGUACUGGUGAGUAUAGAAUCUAAUUUCAUUAACAUUUCUUUUCCUCUAAAGAAUAAUGUCAUUAGUCCUUACAAAAAAAGAUAUAUCCCUGUGUUGUAACUUCGAAAGAGGAAUUGGUCUUGUCUAACUUAUUUUUAAUUGGCCAGUUGACAUAUUUUGGCAUAUGUGAUACUAGAAUUGUUGUGAAAAGAGCAAUUUAAUGAAAAGUGCAACAAUGUGAAAGUUGCAUAUUAUAUAUUAGUGGUUUUUCACACUCCCAUUGUUGGACUGAUUUUAAAAAAAAAACAAAAUGUCCUUGUACUGUACAUAUCUGUACUAUAUGAAUAUAUUUACUUUUCCAUGCAUGUCCAAGUGGAUUACUAUGAACACUUACAGUGCUGCAGUUUUAAUUAAAGAAACUACAUCUUAA